AGUCAGAAGAGUCAGAACGGUAGAUUUUUUCGUUCACUCUCUGCAAAAAUCCAGUCCCUCUCUCUCUCUCUGUUCCCCAUCGAAAUUCGAAACCUCUACCAAGUCAAAAAAGAAAUGUCGAACCUGGACAUGUCGCUCGACGACAUAAUAAAGAUGAACAAGAAAUCCGGCGGCGGCGGAGCUAAACCUAGAGGAGGCGGAGCUCGUAACUCCGGCCCGGGACCCGGACCCGCCCGUCGACUCCCGAACCGGAGCGCGAAUCGAACCGCUCCGUACGCACCCAAGGUUCAAGCGCCGGAGACGACGUGGAGGCACGACCUUUUCGUGGAUCACGCGGCGGCGGCGUACGCGCCGCAGGCCGGUGGUGGUCGAGUGUCGGCGAUCGAGACGGGGACGAAGCUGUUCAUCUCGAACUUGGAUUACGGGGUUUCUGGUGAAGACGUUAAGGAGCUCUUUGCAGAGGUCGGGGACGUAAAACGAUAUUCAAUUCAUUAUGAUAGGAGCGGAAGAUCAAAGGGAACGGCAGAAGUAGUUUUCUCACGGCGAAAAGAUGCUGAGGCGGCUGUCAAGAGAUACAACAAUGUUCAGUUGGAUGGAAAACCUAUGAAGAUUGAGAUUGUAGGGACAAAUAUUUCAACUCCUGGUAUUCUACCUACUCCAACAAUUGGCCUGUUUGGGGAUCAAAAUGGUGCACCCAGAAGUCAAGGGCGAGGUGGUCCCACUGGACGACCUCGGGGUGGCGGCCGAGGCUUGGAGAGGGGCCGUGGACGUGGUAGAGGCCGUGGUGGCGGGCCUGGUGGCGAAAAGGUAUCCGCAGACGAUCUUGAUGCCGAUUUGGAGAAGUACCACGCAGAAGCUAUGCAAACGAACUGAUUGCAACAGGUACCGUAAUCUUCAUCGGCUUUGGUCUUGGCAACUGGCUGUGACUUUUGUGCUUUAUGAACUUUCGCCCGUUAAAAGUAGAUCUGUUUAUCCCUGCCUUCUACGACGUUUGUGGAGAAGGAACUGCAAUGACUGACUAGUUGGAUUUUGUUAUGAAGUUUGUGCUGCUUCUGUUCUGGCUUGAGUAUUGGUACAGAGAUUAAUGAGUGAUUGUUGUUUGUACCUUAUAUAUCACCCAGUUGAUUCA